AUGGUGUGCAGUGUGGAGCCUCGAGUUGAACUUGCUUUACGACGAACGUUAUUUUUCGGUCUAAUUCUCCUUCUAUAUCUCCUUUUGGGUGCUACUAUUUUUUCAUCUUUAUCGAAACGGCAGCAAACUCUGAAAUGUGAAAAUAGUGCCGCGCGAUUGGAUGCCCAGCGAAACGAAAUGUUAAACGUAUUGUGGGCAGGAACGAUGGCUCAAUCUGAACAUGAAUGGUUUCUGAUGGCAAAUCAAAAGUUAGAUAUCUAUGAGCGUCUUGUACUAAAGUCAUGUCGAAGAGUUGCUGCUGAACCAUCAAAGUCAUUCAGUAAAGCAUUCAUACAUGCUUUUACUUUAGUUACUACUAUUGGAUUUUUGGAUGAAGAAAACUUUUCGACCCUUGGAAAAAUAGUUGCAAUUAGUUAUGCAGUUAUCGGGAUACCCUUGGCUCUUUUAUACCUUGGCCAAUGCUCUAAAAUGUUUGCUGGGCUUUUUUCUGGUAAUCACUUGCUUAUAGCGGCACUUGUUACCGUUUUUGCUGCUGCGGUAAUUUUCGAUGUCAUUGAAAAAUCAGAUGAUAAUACGCCUUUUGUUGAUGCGUUUUUCCACGUUUUUUUAUUGUUCUCAACAGUGGGAAGUUGCAGUACGGAACCACCGAUUGCGCUAGUCAUUAUGGCUUUGAUCGUAACUGGUUUAAUAUCAAUAUCAUAUGUACUGAUUGACCGUCGAAUCGAAAAUACUUUACAGGGAUGUGAAUUACUGUUCAGCAAAUAUUUUGGGAUUAUUCGAAGAUGGAUGUGUAGCAAGGAGGAUGUAGAGGAUAACAAAAUCAUAGAAGAAGAAGAAGAAGAAGAGGAAGAAAUAGAAUCUGAUACAUAG